AUGCCCGAGCUGGUCACGCGCACGGGCUUCGCCCCAGGCGCCAAGCCCGUCCAGCGCCGCAAGAAGAAGGCUCGGGGUGUUGACGGUGAUGCUCUCUCCCCUGGUGCUGGCGACACCUCUGGAUACUCCGUCCAAAGAGAAGUUCCUCAUGGCGGCGCCUUCCCUCGUGCCCCUGGUGCUGCUGCUCCUCCUGUACCCGUUCCCAUUCACAGUGAAUCUGGCGGGCGUGAAGAAGAUUGGCGUGAUGAUGGCGACUGGGAUGACGAGUACAUUGUGCGCAUCGCCGAGAAGCUCAUCGCGGACAAGAUAGUUCCCUACCGCGACGCACUCGUGGGCGAGCUCGUCGCGGUCGUCUCCUCCGCCGUCGUUCAGCAGGUCCAGGACUUCGGCGCGCAACUGGCCGCUCAUUCUGCUUCUGCUGCUAAGCUUGCUGAAGGUGUCAAACACAUUUUCAGUGUGUGUUCCAACGCACCCUCGCAGUUCUGUCGUGGCAAGUUGGGCACCUUCGCGAGGCGCUUCCAGGAGCAGAUUGAUGGACAGACCGUCAAGCUGCGAGCCCUCGACGCUAAGGUCUCCGAGAAGGACGCCUCCAUCAACGCGAUGUGCUUGAAGCGCGACGUCGGCUCUACUGUCGUUCGGGUGGUGUCGGCGAAGCUCGCCAACUUCGAUGCUGUCAAGCAGGUGCUGUCCGACUGGAUCGUCCUUAUCGGGUUGCAGGCCGACUGCUUCGACACCGUGUCCCCCGUCCAGGUCAGCAAACACUUCGCGAUUCAGUUCGCGGGUGCUGCCGCUCCUGCCGCCCGUCGUGCGGCCCAAGUCUUCGGCGCUCAGCGUCUGGCCCCAGGGCAGUGGCGACGCCUUCGUCUAAUCAAGAGGGAGAUCCAGGGCCGCAAGCUCAGGGGUGCCUUCCGCGACGUCGACGACAGCAAGAGGUGGUUCUUCGAUCGCGACCGCGGCUGCCUCAUGGUCGGGUGGGAUCCUGUCCUCCGCGCUUCCCCGCAGCCUGGCAACAUCGCGACCGAUCUAUCCUGGGCCGACAAUGUUAUCGUCAAUCUGGGCCUUGACAAAGCUGCGCUCAUCGCCGCGGCCAAGGCCAUCGUCGCCCCCCCAGAGACGACCGAGUGGCCAGAUGGGCUUCGCGCCUGCGCCAGCUACUGCGUGGGAUCUGCGGUCAAGGGUGGCGUGGCGAUUAUUCCUCCCGCGGGGUGUUCGGCUGUCGCUCAGCCUGCUGCUUUCGUCCCCGCGCGCGUGCAACGAGCGGCCCUUCGCUUGGGCGGGGCGAUUUUGAUUCGCUGCGACGUGCGCGACCGCGACCUCGCUCACAAGCAGUUGCGGCGGAUCUUCGCUGCGAUGGAGUCGGACUUUGCAGCUGCUCAGCGCGACCCAAUUCGCAUGCUCGUGAUGGUGCGCUGUGACUUCAAUUUUUCUUAUCGGGCCUCCUAUUUCUUCGCCUACCUUGUCGGCCUCUCGCGGAAGGCAAAGCGCAGCGCUCGCGUGCGUCGCGCUGGCUGCGCGCUCUUCGCCGCUUCGCGCACGUCGGAGCGCGGGGUUAUUGCCGACGAGCUCAUCAGCGACCGCUCGGCGCGCCGGGCGAAGUCCGCGCAGCGGCGUCUCAGGCCUCGUUGUGCUCAGGGGAUCCCUCGGCGCAUCUUCGAGUCGUCUUACUUUCAGGAGCUGCUGCGCAACGUCUCCUCCCAGCUCGACUACGCGUCGCCGUCGCCGCCUAGGCAGGUGGAGCUUCGCAAGUGGGUGGUGCUGGAGGCCUCUUCGGAUGCCUCUGAUAUCGCGACCGAUGAAGCCGUUAAGACUGGAGGGCUCAUGGGGCACGGGGCUCUUGUUUUCUCCAUCGCCCCCAUCGACGAGGACAUCGCUCAGGCCUGCAUCUCGCAGCGCGUUCCCCAACUCGACGUCGCCGAGGCGGGCCUCGCGGUGCUCUCGGGGGCGCUGAUGUGGAUCAUGCGCGGUGGGGCCCUCUUCAACAGCUCCAACAUUACCUGGCAGGUGUGGCUCGCCGAGGGGGGUGCGGCCGAGGGCUCUCUUUCGGUUGGGUGCGGUCGCGCUGCUGGCCCCGUUCGUGUCUUGGGGCUGCGGGGCGCCGACGUCGAGCUGAUCGGCGCGACGCUCGACUUGCCGCUGGGCAAGCUCUUCGGCGUCGACGCCCUCGAGCUCGACGCGGCCUCGCGCGUCUGCUCGAACCUUCCAUCGGCUAGCCGAGACAUGCCUGCGCUUGUGGCUCUGUGCUUUGGCGCGGCCUUCUCGCGCCUCUCCCUGGAGUUCGCGCGCGUGGUGUUCGCGCAGAUGGGCGCGCCCUUCGCCUUCAUCUCCGUGCUGGACCAGCUGUGCCCCGUCCUGGAGGCCGUCGUCAUGCCCAGUGGCUUCCCCGCGCGUGCCUGGUGGGUCUCGUCAGGCAUCGUUCAGCGCUGCUCGCUCAGCGGGUCCACCUAUGCAGCUGUCGCGGCCUGCUUCCUCUUCGUCCCGCAGAACCGCCUGGGGGCGCCCCGUCAUGGUCUUGCGAGGGCUUGCGCCGACGACAUUGGCUGCGUCGUUCGCUCCCUCCGCUCCCUCUGCGUUCUGGCGGAUGUCGCGCUGAUUGCGGCUGCCGUCGUGGCGCUCUCCCUCAAGCUCGGCAAUUCAAGCUUGCGCUCCCCUCUGCGCCGAGUGGUCAGCACCCUGGUCCACCUCGGCCUCGUCCCUGGUCCUGCUGCGGGCGGCGGAUCUUGCCGGCGCGCCCCCGGCAUGAAGGUCAAGGUGCGCUCCAAGAGGGUUGGCAGCAACGCUCUGGCCGUCUCGCGGCUAGCUAACAACUGCGCCAUGAGGGCCACCCACGUGCUCUCGUACGUGGCCCAGUACCGCAUGAUGCCGCGGUGGCUCCUGCGAGAAGAGCUCGUCGCCCUCUCUCGCUCCCUCAGGGCCCCCCUCGGCGUCUUCAACGUGGCCGCCUGGCUGCAGUUGCGUGCUGCGGGCG